CCUUCACUCGCGAGCUCAGCAGAUCUCCGUCCUGCCCUCACGCGGGGAGCCAGCCCAGUCUUGUCAGCGCGCGACUGUGUGUGUGUAUGUGUGUAUGUGGUGGAAGAUGGCGCUAGCCGAAUGGAAAUCCUAAUGACAGUCUCCAAACUUGCCUCUUUUUGUACCAUGGGCGCCAAUGCCUCUGCUCUAGAGAAAGAGAUUGGAUCUGAGCAGUUUCCGGUCAAUGAGCACUACUUUGGCCUGGUCAAUUUUGGGAACACCUGCUACUGCAACUCGGUGUUGCAGGCUCUGUACUUCUGCCGGCCGUUCCGAGAGAAGAUCUUGGCUUACCGAAGUCAGCCGCGGCGAAAGGAGAACCUGCUCACCUGCCUGGCCGACCUGUUCCACAGCAUCGCCAACCAGAAGAGGAAGGUGGGAGUCAUACCGCCCAAAAAGUUCAUCACACGGCUACGCAAGGAGAAUGAGCUUUUUGACAACUACAUGCAACAGGAUGCUCACGAGUUCCUGAACUACCUGCUCAACACCAUCGCUGACCUGCUGCAGGAGGAGAGGAAGCAGGAGAAGACCAAUGGCCGCCUUGCCAACGGCACAUUGGACUCGCAGAACAACAACAGCAAUGCCACGCCCGCUCCCACCUGGGUCCACGAGAUCUUCCAAGGCACUCUGACCAAUGAGACCCGCUGCCUCACCUGUGAAACUAUAAGCAGCAAAGAUGAGGACUUUCUGGAUCUUUCUGUGGAUGUAGAACAGAAUACCUCCAUCACACACUGCCUCAGAGGUUUCAGUAACACAGAGACACUGUGCAGUGAGUACAAAUACUACUGUGAAGAAUGUAGAAGCAAGCAGGAGGCCCACAAGAGGAUGCGUGUAAAGAAGCUGCCGAUGAUCCUGGCUCUGCACCUGAAGCGCUUUAAGUACAUGGAGCAGCUGCAGCGCUACACCAAGCUGUCCUAUCGAGUUGUCUUCCCCCUGGAGCUCCGCCUCUUCAACACCUCCGGGGACGCCACCAACCCGGAGAGGUUGUACGACCUGGUCGCCGUGGUGGUGCAUUGUGGGAGUGGUCCGAACAGGGGUCACUACAUUGCCAUUGUGAAGAGUCACGACUUCUGGUUGCUGUUUGACGACGACAUCGUGGAGAAAAUCGACGCACAGGCCAUAGAGGAGUUCUACGGCCUCACUUCCGAAAUCUCCAAGAACUCCGAGUCGGGCUACAUCCUCUUCUACCAGUCCAGAGACUAACCGGCGGACCCCCGCCCCCCCGCCCACCGCUUCCCCCGGUUUUCUUCGACAUGUAAAGCAGGAGCGCCGCGGCGGGCCCCUGCCUGCGGGGGAGCGGCGGACUGUAAACGCACCGCGGCGGCCCGCCUGCCCGCACAGCUGUAAUCCAUACCCGCGCUUCGACGCGCUCUGCGCUGCAGCUCGGCCGUGGACGUCCUCUCUCACCACUUUUAAUGUACCAGCUGAAGCCCCCGCUGCUGGCCUCCCUGCCCCCCCAACCCCCCACCCCACCCCCCCGCCUUCCCUUUUCUCAUCCACCGUUGCUGCCGUCAGGACAAUGAGACGAUACUGAAUGAUAACUGUGUCCGGAUUGUUUUUAAAAAGGAAAAAAAAAAAAAAAGGGACACUGAAUGAGGGCUGUACAGACAUCGGUUGGUUUGUAUGAGUGGCGUUCUAGUUUUU